UUUGUUUCUAUCUAUCCCCUACUCUCUUACACACACCUUAAAACCACUUCAAAUCUCGGAGUAUAUCGGAGUCGAUUCUUUAGACUUACGAAUCGAGCAGACUUACAGGCUACAAUGUGUAAUGCUGGUCCAAACCAGCAGAUGGCAGUAAGCAGCACUGAAAGACCCUGAACCGCUGGAAAUACAAACUAUCAACACUCGAAAGGGAAGUAUUGUGUUGGUCGGGUAAUAUGUAAAUAUUUGUGUGUAGUGAUUGUGGUUUUAAGCACCUUUAUCUUCUCGAAUAUAGAAAUAUAGCAGAGUCUUAGUUGUGGCUGGAUGCUAGAUGCCUGUACUAUUGAGAUGUUUACUAUGUUAGUUACCUGAAUUACAGGUUAUAUUAUUGUUCAUCAUGGUAGAAAACUCUCCGUCGCCUCUGCCUGAGAGAGCCAUCUAUGGGUUUGUGCUGUUCCUGGGCUCACAGUUCGCGUUUUUGCUUUAUUUAGUUUGGGCAUAUGUUCCUGAGACCUGGCUCCACGCUGUCGGAUUAACCUACUGGCCUCAGAAGUAUUGGGCUCUUGCGUUGCCGAUUUACCUGCUGGUUGCUUUAACCGUGUGUUUUGUGGUGCUGUUUGGAGUCAAUAUGAUAAAGACGGCUCCCCUGUGCUCUGUGGACAACGUCACAGAUAAUUUUGCUAAAACUCAGCUUCAGAAUCCAGGCCAGAAAAACGCCAUACCACGACUGCGAGAUCUGUCCAUUAGUGAAGUCAACCAUCGUUUCUACAUCACACAAUGAACUCUGAGACCCCAGGCCCUGGCCCUGAGAUGCCAUGUUCCUGCAUGAUGCCUCAUGUCUCCAAAUUUCUGAUAUGCAUUGAUCCAUACAGAUGACCAGCAUCCAGGAUUGCUUUUCAUCAGCCCUGGCUUCUGGAGUUUGCUGAGGUUUUAGAUGCACCUUUUCCAUCACUCACGCAUGACAGGACAGACAUUUGACUUUAAGAUGAACUCUCAGUGUCAGUAUGGUAAACACAUGACCCUUAGAGGGGGAGCCUAAUCAUGGCAUUAAGCAGUGGGGAAAAGUUGCUGAACAACUACUCGCGUAGGACUUUUCUCAAUCUGAUUGAGAGGAAGUAAAAGUAGGAGUGCAAAAGCAGUGUGAGAACUUUCGUCUUUCGUCCAAUAAAUAAAGGUGUAUUAUAGUUUUAGCUAACCUGUCCAUUUGAUUGUGUUUUGCUUAUAGUAACUGGAUCUGCUAUCAAAAUGUGCAGCUUAAACAGCACAUUAAGCGAGAUUUCAGAAUGCCUUCGGGAUGUUGUACGGCAGAACUAUAGAAUUUUAUUUAGUAUGAUUAUUUAGAUUAAAGAAAAUCAUUUUAAAAAAGUCCAUUCAGUCAUUUCUGUCCUCUCCUCUGGUGAAUUUGUCUUCUACGCUGUUAGAUUUAUUAAUACUCCAGUCCUCAGUUGUCUGUGAUCUCAAACAGGGUUCUUGACUGUAUAACUUAAAAAUCACGUGACGUUUAUGGAAAUCAUCAACUGCUGUUUGUUUUUUAUGGUUAUUAAUUUGUCUGUCAUAGCUGUAUGCCUUAUAGACUGGUCACUUGCAUUGAAAACAAACUAAACUAAAAGUGACUCUCAAACGAAUAAAGUCUGAAUAAUAAUAAUGUCUGUCAAUUUUGAA